CGUGUAGUCUACUAUAGUUUGUUGCUAACACUUUUAUAUAUGGAUAUACACACACACACAUACACGACUUUUGUUCAUCAGGGCUAGACGUACAUUCCGUGAUUGGUUUAUUUACGAUUAGAAGUGAAACGCAUUGCAGAGCUCUUUUCCGGUAAGUGGGUGAAUUGCGAGUUACUCCAUCACACAACGAUUGUUUACAAACAUUGUGGAUUGUGCGUCACACAUACAUACCUCGUUCAACGGACCGGAUUUAACCGUGUACGCAUAGCGAUGUUGUACGAGUGUCUUGGGGUAGCCGCCGGGCUGGCGAUCACGCUGUACGUGGCGGUGCAGCUCUGGAGUCCUUGGAUUCACUACGACAUCGCCUACCUCUGGACGAGCUUCAAGGUCCUGCGACGUCUCAAAAUGAAGAUACGACGUCGCGAACUGAUCGUCGACAGUUUCGAGCAGCAGGUGCGCGAGCGACCGGCCAAGACGUUGGUGAUAUUCGAGGACGAGCCCUUCACGUACGAGGCCGUCGACAGACACGCCAACCAGGUGGCCAGGCAGGGACUACGGCUCGGGUUAGGGCCCAACGACGUCGUCGCGCUCAUGAUGUACAACGAACCGGAAUUCCUCUGGACGUUUUUAGGUCUCCAGAAAAUCGGCGUGUCAGUGUCACUGAUUAACUACCACCUGAGGCUGAAGUCACUCCUCCACUGUAUUCAGAGCUGCAAGCCCAAAGUGUUGAUCGUGGGACGAGGUGCCGAGCUCGAAGAAGCGUUGAACGAGAUACGGAAUGACGUCACAGACGAUCACAUCGACGUUCACGACUACGACGCCUUAAUGACUUCAGACGACGUGGACUGCUGUGAUCCGGUUGACCCCCGCGUCAGAGACAGCGUCAGACUGUCAGACGUCUCGUCCUUCAUCUUCACAUCCGGGACAACUGGUUUGCCUAAGCCAGCUGUGAUCACUCACCGUCGCGUUCUGAUGGCCAUUAUUGCGUUCGACUCGUUCGACUUCGGCGUCAACGACGUCCUGUAUGAAACACUUCCCCUGUACCACGCCGCCGGACUCAACUUGGGCGUGCUGGCCGCCUUGUCUAAAGGGGCAACCUGUGUCCUAGGUCGAAAGUUCUCAGUAUCAAAAUUUUGGUCUGAUGUUCGCAAACACCACGUGACCGUUAUCCAAUAUAUCGGAGAGAUGUGUCGCUACCUUGUCAACUCUGAAAAGGCCGAUCUUGACGGGAACCAUGACGUGCGCGUUGCUGUGGGUAACGGGCUGCGCGCUGACAUAUGGGACCAGUUUCAGCAUCGAUUCAAGAUUCCGAAAAUCUACGAGUUUUACGCUUCCACAGAAGGAAACGCGUCAUUCUGCAACAUUUUCAAUAAAGUCGGAGUCGUAGGAAGACUGUCGCCAUUGUUGAGUCGCCUGACGUUAAGUACACUGGUUCAGUACGACUGCACCACACAGCAGCCAGUUAGAAAUUCAGAUGGCAGGUGUACGAAAGUUGGGCCUGGAAAGGUCGGUUUGCUGAUCUGCUCAAUCACCGACAAGACGCCGUUCGAAGGUUACUACAAGCGGCCGGAGGAGACCGAGAAGAGUAUACUGCACGACGUCUUCAGGAAAGGAGACGUGUACCUCAACUCCGGCGACCUCUUCUACGUCGACAGCGAGUACUUCCUGUACUUCCAGGAUAGAACCGGCGACACGUACAGAUGGAAGGGUGAGAACGUGUCGACAUCGGAGGUGGCCAACAUCAUGUCUGAACUUGAUUUCGUACACGACGUCAACGUGUACGGGGUAAAGGUGCCAGGUUGUGAAGGUAAAGCUGGGAUGGCGGCCGUCUACCUCAAAGAUGGCGACCAGAUGGACAGCCAGCAAAUCGAAAUGAUGAACCAUCGCGUGCACGACCACUUGCCUAGCUACGCACGUCCGCGCUUCCUGCGCGUGCAGCGCCAGAUGAGCCUGACGAGCACGUACAAGCAGCAGAAAGUGGACCUGGUGGAGGAGGCGUUCGACCCCCACAAGGUCCACGAACCGCUCUACUACUACGACUCGAAAAACAACGCCUUUAAACCUCUCGUCGACACUGUCUUCGAAGACAUUGUCGCCGGCAAGGUGUCUGUAUAAAGGAUUAUAGGAUAGGGAACUUUAUAAACGUGCCUAUAUCCAAUUUAGGUUCAGGCACGACUAUCCCGGGCCCAACCUCUGACUUCGCCAAUGACUAAGUCCAGAACAGGAUAGGUUUAUAUAUACUGGAUGAGGUGUGUGCGUGCCUUCCGACUGUUACAUCUGAUGCUCUGCGGCUUGCGUUUUGGGCAUAUUCACCAUAUACAAUAUAUUUCGAUUUUUUUUUCUCCGCCGGACCUCACAAGCGCCGCAUCCAGUCUAUAUGAGCCUUAGGUGAGACCUUGCAAAGGACACACAUGUGUGCAUGAUCUACAUGAAGGAGUUGCAGUUGUUUGUGAAAAGGAUAUAUCUAUAUAUUUAGAGAGAGAAAAAAAGCAAGCAAGCAAACAAACAGAUGCUGCAGACAAUUUGUUUAUAAUAUUAUGUAAAACAGAUGCAAAUGAACAGUGUACAUAAAUGGUGAUGUUACAGACAUCAUGUUUGAAUAUUAGGCCGCAGGGACGUACCAAACCUAAAAUAACCAGGGUACUAAGCAGGGGGGUUGAACGGGAGGCUGAGGGUGGUGUGGGGAAUGUUGUAAAAAUUGAACCAGGAUACAGUAGUAUUGGAUCUUCUCUAAUCAAAGAGGUACUUUUUGAUUGAUUAAAAAGGACUUUAUUUUUGGUAGGGGUGAAAACUGCCUCGUCCUAACCCAUGCUAGGUACGUCAUGGGCAGGCGUUGAAACAUAGACCCAACGAGAUUUCCACAGAUUCCAGACAGCUAAUGCAACUACUGACAUGAAGAUGUCCUAUUAUUGUUUGUGUUUUCUUUGUUACCUGGACAGACCACAAAAUACCAUCUACAACACAGCCCUCCGCAAAUCGGUAUGAGUGACGUGAUCGUUGGUAUCUGUAGACUUAUUUCGUGGUAAUACUAGCACUAUAUAAUGAAUGGUGCAUUCCAAUUUAUUGUGAAAGGAUGCCAAUCUUGUAAUAUGAAGAAAAGAACACAGUUGACCUAUUUUAUGGACGAACCAGUGAUUCAUAAGAAUAUAUGUUCAUAUUGACAGUCACGAUAUUGUCAAAACUUCCUUUUGAUUGCCUUACAAAUGCAGAGAUACGAUUUGGAAUGCGCUAUUUUGUCCUCCAGAUUUGUCUAUAAUAGUAAAUGUAAAUUCCAGAACAAGGCUGGAAUUAUUUAAGUUACUAAAACUGGAGGUUCCUACAACUCAAUAACGAGAAUGGAAAAAUCGUCUCUAUUCCUAACUGUUGAUAUUAGGUCAGUCCAACAUUUCUGCAGUUUAUAGCAUACACAAUUCAUGAUUUUAUUCUGAUAAUGUUAACUUUGUUAUGUUCAAAACUUGUUUUACCAUACGGCCAAAUAAAA